AUGACCCCGACCGACAUUCUAGCAAGUGAUGCAUGCAGUCUUUAUGAGAAAAAGAGAAUGAAUCCAAAUGCACAAGGGUACAGAAUACUGAAAGUCGGCAAGGCUAGAGUCGCUGGAAAGGUGGCAGCAAAUGAUUUUUUUCCUAAAUUUCAUGUGCCUUCUGUCAUCGUUGAGAAUCCCAAAACGUUCAACUUCGAUGCUGAAAAUCAUGCGUUGUACCUUGUGUUUUUGAGCCUGUCCAGCGAAAACUUCAAUAUAACACCACCUGCCGAACUAUUGCAUUUGGAUAAUUUAUCUAAAAUCAUUUUCAUAUCCAAGAUUGAAAUGGGAGCUUCGACAUUAUUGAAUCUAUUCGAAUGGUGUUGGUCAAAUGAAAUCAUAAAUGUGUUGACUGUUGCCGGAGAGCAAAUUUACUCGUAUGACCCAUUCCCGCGAGUGGCUUUAACCAAUUUGACAGACGAGAGGCGCUUGAGUGUUUUCUUUAAAAAUAAAAUGAUGGACUUUAAUGGGAAAUCUAUAAGAACACCGAUGUUCAACGAUAUACCACGCACCUUUAGAUACUUUGAUGAAAAUGGGAGUACCAAGUUUGCCGGGUAUAUGUAUCAAAUCAUUUCAGCUUUUGCGAAGAAACAUAAUGGAUCCUUAGAAGUGAGCUUCACAACGUAUGAUAUUGAAAAUUUUGUUGAACUUCUUAAUACCGGAAAAAUUGAUAUAUUUCCUUUCAUUUAUUUUGCUCAUCCAGCAUUCGAAAACUUAAGCAAGAGUUACACGAUCAAUUCAAUUUGGGCCUGCAUUAUCGUCCCGUACUCAGCAGAACUUCCAAGGUAUACCUACUUCAAGCUGCCAUUUACAGAUUCGAGCUGGUAUUGCAUAGUUGGCGCAUCACUGGUACUCCUAAUCGUUUCUUCAGUUGCACUGUUCAGAGUUGAAAAGAAGCUUCGUAUCAGAUACACUAUCCAUCACUUGGUACGAAUUUUAUUACAACAACCCAACAUCGAUGAAAACUGGCCGAAAGCCUUACAGUUGAUUUUUAUCCUUGCUUUGGUCCUUAACAUGCUGAUUGCUAACCUCUACCAAAGCGGUCUGAGCAGUUUCUUCACUAAGUCGAUUGCAGGCAAACAAAUUGACACUUUUGAUGAUUUAAUAAAGUCAAACGUACGUAUUAGGAUCGGAGAUGGAACUUAUCGGCAGCUAGCCAAUUUUAAAUUGUAUCCUCUCGCUGCCAGAAAAAACUUAAUUAAGCCGGAUCCUGAUUUUCGAGUGGAGCUUCCUGAGGUUGUACCUGAUUAUGGAUACCUUCUGACUGAUGACCAGUACGAAUUUUUAUCGGAAUUUCAUAAAUACACAUCACGACCAAUAUUCCGACGAGGAAGCAUGUGCUUCUCCAAAUCACAAUUUUUCAUCCCUCUGCGUCGCCGCUCGGCUUACAGAGACAUCAUGAAUAAUUUGGUUUUCCAAAUUCAAGAAUCAGGGAUUCUAAUGAAGUGGGAAAGUGAUACCUUUGGCGAGGCUGUUAAGGGAGGCUUGAUUAAACCUAUUGUAAUUGAUCAAGAACUGUUAAGACCUUUAACUGUAUCCGAUUUUAAAAUAGUUUGGUCUAUUUUCGGUUGUGCUUUGUCUUUAUGUCUUAUGUCAUUUCUAUGUGAACUGGUUACAGCUUAUGUAUUGAAUUGA